GUGUUAGGUCGAGGCUCGGAGAGAGAGCGGGGAGGGAGCGGAGGAGAAAAGUGACGUGCGGAGUUGACGAGUGACGGCGGGCUGGGUGUGCAUGGAGAGGAGCCAGCACCGGGCAUACCGGCGGAUGUGAGAGAGCUCUGCACAGGGUAAUGUUCCAGUCCAGACAUGCCUUAUGUGGAUCGUCAGAAUCGCAUUUGUGGCUUCCUGGACAUCGAGGAGCAUGAAAACAGUGGCAAGUUUCUGCGGAGAUAUUUCAUCUUGGACACCAGCCAGAAUAGCCUGCUUUGGUACAUGGACAAUCCACAGAACCUUCCUGCAGGUUCCCCCUUUGUAGGGUGUCUUAAGCUCACAUAUAUUUCAAAGGUGAGCGAUGCCACCAAGCUUAGACCAAAAGCUGAAUUUUGUUUUGUAAUGAAUGCCGGCAUGAGAAAAUACUUCCUACAAGCCAAUGAUCAGCAAGAUUUAGUAGAAUGGGUCACUGUCCUUAAUAAAGCAACCAAAAUCACAGUACCAAAACCUUGUGACCAAUCAUGUCCUGCUGACAGUGUGCCCAACCAGCUUGAAUAUACUGGCAGUAAAAAGCAGAUCUCUUACAAAACUGAAAUAGUGGGUGGUGUCCCUAUUAUCACCCCCACGCAGCAAGAACUCAGUGAAUGUGCCAACACUGGUGACAAAGGCAACCUAAAGCGCAGCCAAAGCCAGCUCCCAUCUCCCCCUUAUCGGUUAUCUGAGGGGAGCACGAUAAAAGCUGGAUACUGUGUUAAGCAGGGGGCUGUGAUGAAGAACUGGAAAAGAAGGUUCUUUCUCCUAGAUGAAAACACAAUCGGAUACUUCAAAUCUGAAUCGGACAGGGAGCCCCUGCGAGUAAUACAGCUGAGAGAGGUGCAGAAAGUACAGGAGUGCAAACAGAGUGACAACAUGAUGAGGGACAACUUGUUUGAAAUUGUAACAAGCUCACGGAUUUUUUAUGUACAGGCGGACAGUCCAGAAGAAAUGCACAGCUGGAUCCGAGCCAUAUCUGGGGCUAUUGUGGCGCAGCGUGGGCCAGCCAGAUCUGCAGCUUCUGUGUAUCUAAUUCCCACCCUGCCCUGUCUCCCCGCAGAUGCGACAGGUCAGACGUCUUUCAAAUCCCUGUAUUCCGAGGAGGCCCCCACCUCAUACUCCGAGCACAGCUCCUCUUUUCGCACCUUCAGUCUCCCUCACUCGGCCGCCCGACUUCAGCACUCUGACCCCGGGACACCAUUUCGGGACAGGGACGAGCCUAGCACCUUUACCAAGAACCAGCCAGGACAUCCCAAGAUCACGACUGUCUCUUCAGGAAACCAGACUAGCAAAAUGAUCCCUUUAUUUUCCAACAACAUGUCCAUCAGUUUAGCAGACACUGGUGUUGACAUAGAUGAUGCCAGCCUCCCAGUUACUGAUGUUUGAGGUCAAUGUUAGGAACUGCAUCUGAACUAACUGAUUUCAUCCCCAGUUUCCAACCGUGUAUGUAUAACAUGCAUCUACUAUCCUGCUAUGCACCCUUUGACAAGUGGUAAGAAAUUGGGGAUUCCACUGCAGCAGUUGGACCAUGCACCUUGGUGACUCGCAUAAGAUAAACACAUUCCCAUGUUGGAAGAUUGUUCCCAUCUUGCAGCCGAAGUGAGAAACAAGUAACCAUUGCUCUUUAAAUACCUUCUUAAGGACCUGUGUGAUUCCGUUCAUAUGAGUGUGCCAUGUUCGGCAUGGAGUGCCUUGUUACCCAUAUUGCAGUUGUAUUUACGCAGCUGUGUAAGCUGUAGCUCUGGCCUAUGUAAUAGUUCUUGCACUACAACUGGUGCAGAUACCUGAGCAAGACAUGUCAUUUUGUGUUUAAACUGGUAGUACUAAAGCAGUAUUUUCAUUCAACAAGUAGCCUAUUGCUGCACAGCAGUAAAAGCCUCUCCAGAGGCAAAGAUUGCUGGACCACUGUAGGUGUUGAAUUCUUGCAGCCAUUCCGUGACCCCCCUAAUGUAAUUUGCACAACUGUUGCCAUUGCCACUAAUAAGGGAAAGUGAUGUUUUUAUCCAGA